AUGGAGCAUUCAGUGUCACUCCUUCAACGCCGGUUCCUUCUAGUUCCGUCACAUCCGCUUGUGCAACUUAUACAGUUUUCAACGUUCAUCACGGAAAUCGAAGCUACCCUCAACUGGCGUCCGCUGACAGCACUGUCAGAUACCAUCAACUCGCCGUCAGUUCUACGUCCAGUAGAUUUUCUACUACCACAGGUUCAGCUUCAGUUACCAUCUUCUAGUCCGUCGUCUUCGCAGUUGGAACUUUCGAACCAUCGUCUCGUCGAAUGGCAUCAAGAAACCGUCGCUGCAUUAGAUCGUUUUUGGACUAUUUGGUCAACAGACUAUCUUACAGCUAUUUCAGAACGACAUUCCAGGCGUAUUUCCCAAGGCAAGUCCACGCCACGUAUUCCUCAGAUUGGAGAAGUCGUCCUAAUAGGCGACAAGUCAACUCCUCGUGGUACUUGGCCUAUGGCAAUCAUUAUCCGGCUGUCGAAGGACCGCGCUCAUCAGAUCAGAAGCGCCACAGUACGUACCUCCAACGGCAACGAAUUACAGAGGUCGAUUCAAUCAGCUGUACCCUCUGGAGAUCGUUGCAUCCAGAACAACCUCAGAUACUUCGUUCUGUGCGCUCGUUCUACGAUGUCUAUUUCGCCUACGUCGACCAACGUCUCGUUAUCCACAUCCACCCAGACGACUACGUCGCGUCAGGCACCUACUUCUUUGGUUAUACAGUCAGUUUCCACUUCAAUUCCAUCUUCGGAAACUCAAAAUCCUCUGAAUCUUUCGGAAGAAGCUUUGUUGACAGUCUCCGCAAUUCGCGAUUUGAAAUCCAGUGUUUCAUUACCUCCAUUUUUCGCACCUAUUUAUUGUCCACUAGUUCAUCCGUUCUCGGACGACAAGUCCACUUCAUCUACUCCGCAUAGAUCAACUCGUCAUCCGACUACGUUAGAAUUCAUCUACAGAUAUUCAACAGGUCAUUACUCGGACGAGGACAUUUCUCGCCUCGAAGAUGAUCGCUCGCAGGAUAUCUCUAUUCCUCCGCAAGAUCGCUUACCGCUUCGCAUCGCACAAUCUCUUACACUCGCUGUCAACUUUGACACUACGUUUUCGCUUGAAUACUUGGCUAACCGCGAUUUGUGCUUCAUAGAUGCAUUUUUGCAUCAUCGGUUUUUCACUUCCAUCCGCGAAACCAGCGUCGAUGAAGCAAUCAUUCCACCAGAGUCAGACCUAGACUAUCCACCGGUUCGUAAUUUCUCGCUUGCUCUCAUCGUCCACAAUUUCAAAGCUUUACAUCACUCGUCGAGAUGCUCAAGCAGUUUUCUACGGACCUCGCUCAACACGCGGAUUGGUUCAAAUCUGUGA